AUGGCCAAACAUUCCGGGCAACCGAAUCGUGGCGCGGCUGCAAUUAAUCCUUGUCAUCGAACGGCCACCUCGGUUACUAAUUUCUUGCCACCACAAUGUUCGGAAAGGCGAUUGUCUUCUUGGUGGUCUGGCUCCCCCGCACCAGAAAGCAAGCCUUAUGACCCCACGGACCCAAAACAGAAUCCGUUGAAUCCUGAGGGACUCAAGCCAUGCUGCGCAUGCCCCUUGACCAAGCGGGCGCGUGACGAUUGCUUCCUCAAAUUCGACGCCGCAGAGGCACCAGAAAAAUGCAAGGAGCAAGUAGAGAAGCACCUUGCUUGCAUGCGUAGCCUCGGCUUCAAGAUCUGAAUAUCAUAUAGACAAGGUUAACCCGGACACUAGACUAAUGUAAUUGCUCAAUCUAAU